CAGACUGCUUCUACAAACAUUUGUGAAAGACUGUGCAUUAAGUCCAUCCGUGAAAUUUCCUUUUUGCUACUACAGUCAACUGUUAGUGGUAUUAUAACAAAGUGGAAGCAACUGGGAACAACAGCAACUCAACCACGAAGUGUUAGGCCACAUAAACUGACAGAGCGGGGUCAGGUCAUGCUGAAGCGCACAGUGAGCAGAAGUCAGCAACUGUGUGCAGUCAGUAGCUAAAGACCUCCAAAUGUCACAUGGCCUUCAGAUUAGCACAACAGUGUGUAGAGAUCUUCAUGGAAUGGGUUUCCAUGGCUGAGCAGCUGCAUCCAAGCCUUACAUGACCAAGUGCAAUGCAAAGCACUGGAUGCAGUGGUGUAAAGCACGCUACCACUGGACUCUAG